UGUCAAAUUUUCUUUAUUAAUAGGCCUAUAUUAUUUAUAAAAAUCGGUCCAAAGUCCUAACUUUUAUUUCGGCUUUAAAUUUUUUAAACUGAACAGUAAACACUCCCUUUGUGCUAAAAAACCCCCAUAGAUUCUAAUUUCUUUUCGAUUUUUAGUGGGACCAAAUGUUUACAAAAUGAAAUAAGAUCUAAAGAAACGGAUCAUAAUUUUUUAAACUGUCCGAGGCUAAGUUAUUUCUGGGAUAAAUAGAUCUAGAAUCUAGAUCUAGAUCUAGUCUAGAUCUAGUUAUUGUUUACACAAACCUUCAUUCACUAGGACUAGAACUAAACAAAAUAGACAUGUCUAAAAGAGAAUAUGAAUCAGAAAGUGAAGGUGUAAGCAUGAAGCUCUUUAAAGGAGAUGAUGGAGAGCAAGAAGAAUCCUCCGCUUCAGGUAGAUCAGGGAGGGUGAGAAAAAAAUCUGCCAAGGUCCUUGAAAUGGAAGAGUUUGAACAGGUAGAAAAAACUCAGCAAGUUACCAAAAAAGGCAAAACUCCGAAGCCCAAAUUAACAGAUUCAAGUGAAAAGGUGAAGACACCCACUAGUAGCAAAAAGAUAAAGGAUGGCAGCAAAAAGCUAACAGCAACAAAGAUAGACACAACACCAGUCAGUCGACCACAUGUAGUAACUGCACCUGUCCAAAAAAAGAUCCAGCUUAAGUCAGAUUUGGGGCUGAGCCCGACAGAACUGCUAGCGGCCACCAUAAAACAGGAGAUGUCUCCUACAAUCUCCCAGCCCGUGGUCAUAAAAACAGAGGACGACAAGAGUGUCAUCAAGUACUUGCUGAGUUCCCCCACGUCUGGCUCCAAGAUAUCCGCUCACCUCUCUCCUCCUUUCAGUGAGGAGAAGAAGGUCAUCAAGCAAGAGAAGAAGAAGAAAGAAACCACAGGCGCCGACACGCCUGGAUUAAAGAUGAAAAUAUUUGCAAGCAGCGACCCACUCACAGCCCAGGUGUCCAUAUCCACUCAGCCAGUCAAAGUCAAGAAGAGGAAGGAGAAAGCGGAGAAAAAACUUGAUGUAAAAGAGAAGCCGGAAAAAAAGGCCAAAUUUUUAUUAGACACGUCUCAUUUCUCAGACGACGUGAAAGAAUCCGAGGAGGAGGUAACUCCCCCACCUGCUAAAAAAGUCAAGAAAAAAGGUUUAAAGAAAAAAGAACAGCUAAUUUUAGAAGCCAUUUCUGCCGCUCAGCAGAUGCCGAAUCUCGCAGCAUUAGUAGCAUCACCACAUGCAGGACAGGGGACGUCAAGUGUAUCUGAUAAGAUCAAGUCACCAAUAAGAGAUACGCCAAGUCCAACAUUAGACAACUCUAUGGAUGAUGAAGAAGAGAUGAACCUCAUUAUAUCAGAGACUGAGGAGAAGAAGAAGAAAAAACACAAAAAGAAAAGUCUUAUAGCGAAGGACCGGGCCGAAUCAACUAGCCCAAAGAGUGAUAGUGCAGAUAGCAAGAAGCGUGCUCCUACAGCCUACAUGUUGUUCUGUAACACACAUAGACCAAACAUUGUUCUUGAAAACCCUGGCAUAGAGUUUGCUGGAAUCAGCAGGAAACUUGGAGAAAUGUGGCAGACACUGUCCAACAAACAGAAACUGCAAUGGCGAAGGAAGGCACAGAGAAGGAGAAAGAAAGGCUCUAAUCUCAUUUCUACCGGCAAAGUUGGGAAAGAGACUGGCCCUUUGCAAACCAGCACACCCUCUCAUAAGUUUUCUACACUGCUGGUCAAAACCCAACGGUCAAGUCCAGAAGAAAUACCUUUAAGUCCAACCAAAGCUGGGGACCAGAAUUUGAGUAUUGAACCCAUAGAUGUGGCAGCUCAUUUAAAACUGUUAGGGGAAUCUUUAAGCAUUAUUGGUAUGAGGCUACAAGAACACAAGGGAAUGAUUGCAGUCCAAGGCAGUCUGUCUGUUCUCCUGGACUCUUUGAUUUGUGCCUGUGGUCCCCUGCUCUGUCUAACACAACAAGUGCCUGGGAUGGAUGGCUGUUCUCCACAAGUUCACUCUCAAACUCUGGACAGUGUUGCAUAUGUCAUGCCUGGUUUGUAGAGGGGGAAAUUGUUUCAGCUUCUGUACAUAUCUCAUCUGGUGUCAUGUUGAAUGAAAUUUUUUUUUUAUUUGUUUUUUUUUUACUUUAGUUUAAUAGUUAUAAAAAAUGGUUCAUAUUUUUAAAAUCAAAAUGUUUCGUAUUUUUAAAUAGAUAUAAAAAAAACUUAUAUGACUAGAAGUUUCUUAUCAACCUGAUGUCUAUUGUUAAAAACAAAUUGUCUUAUUGAAAAUUCUAAUAUAUUUUAGAAUAUUUAUUGUAAAAAUUAUUUUAAUUUCUGAACUCAAACUAAAGUUGUUUUUAUAUUGUGGCAUAACAAAAAAAAACAUGCUUGAAAAAAGAAUUUUGUAUAUAAAAAAAUUAUGAAUAAUAAAAAUUAUACAUUUAAUAUAAAAUUAAGAUGAUUUGCAGCUUCCUAAAUAGGAAGUUGUGGUUAAUCUCAGGAUACUCAAAAGGGUAUGACUUUUUAUAAGCUCUGCAUUUAUAACCAUGUUUAACAUAGGGAAAGGGUUAGGUAUAAAGUGAGGGAGAUGUAUGGGUAUAAUAUGUAUUCUGGGAGGGGGGGGAAUGGGUGCUAAUUAUUAUUGUUCCUAGACCUGGUUUAACAUGGGCAAAGUAUUUUUUUUUUGUAAACAUUUGUUUUUAAAUUAAUAUGUAAAAAGUAUAUGUCUUAUGUUAUUGAUUGUGUAUUAGUCUUUAAUUUUAUCUAAGAUAAAAUUGUAUUAAAAAUUGAAUUUUUUUAUGUUUUUAAACAGCAGCCUGUUUUAUAAAUUGAGUCAUUGAGAUUUCAAUAGAGAUUUUGAUUGUAAAUCUCUGACCAAAACAAUAGAAUCAGGAGACGGGAUGUUGAAAACACUUAACAAAUGAUUAUUGAUAUAAUAAAACAAACACAAUUUUUGUGCAAAUCUC